CACACGCAAUCGUUCGCAAAAUAUACAUAGAGUGUGCUUCAGAAAAACCGAAAAUACGACAAACCUGAUAAACACGAAGUCCGAUCGAUCGUUCGCGUCCGUCUCCCGGUACUCACAAUCUGAGUUCUUCGAAUGUUAACGGUUUCUUAAAAUAUAAUUCGUUUUAUACGACCGACGAUCGAUGUGUACCGGCGGCUUUAUUUCAUUAGGAGAAUCAAUUGUAAAGACUGGGAAAAAUCUACGUGCGGUAAUCAUCAUUAACAAUCGAAAAAGAACUGUUUAUAUAAAAACAGUUUAUAUAACAGCUAUAUAAACACUUUGUAUAUAAUGGCUCAGAUUUAGUGUAUCUCACAGUGUUGGCCACGGUCAAUGUAAGCGAACAAAUUAGAACAGAGAGAGAGAAUGAUAUAAUCCGUGACACUCAUGAAAAAUUGCAUAGAUGCAAAUUACCUUUGACGACGAGAUGUACAAGACACAGAUAUUAAGUAACAGAUACCAGUCACUUUCCACAGAAUUAGCUGAUUGCACCAAAAAAUGGGUUCAAGUUGGUAGAGUGAGGAACAUGUGCUUGUAUCCAAUGUUUGCGGGCAAGGCAAUGGAUUUACCUGUCUGUCAAUUUGACUUGUGCGGACUGAGUGCGAUAAAUAAUAAUUGUCAGAUUCAGAAUCACAUGUUCAUAAUAUACAAUCAGAAGACCAAACAUAAGUACGAGGAGACCUGCAACCCUGUUUUGAGCACACUAGAAAUAAUACCUAUGAGCAAUCACAUAAUGCUAUUAAAGGCCAGCGGCAUGCACGAGUUGAUCUUGGACCUGAUGAAAAUCCAGGAGAGCUUCCAAAUCAUUCCGUACUACGAAUCGCUCAAUCAUAAACAUCUAGUGGAACUACGCUGCCUCGAUUGCGGUAAAGAGGCCGCCGAAUGGGUCUCUAGGUGUCUAGACAAGCCAGAUUUACGUUUAGGAUUUAACAAGCCAGGCUCAAUGAUGAGAGAGUUAUAUUGGAAUCAGUUCGGCCAACUAUACUCGCUCAACGGCAAGGAUCGAGAAUCCAUGGUAUGUUACGCGGAAUUACCGAACUGUACAUUGGUCUCGGAGAGAUCGCACACCAUCAUAAACGAAAAAUUAUCACAAUUUAUACAUAUGCGGCAAUUUAUCCCGAAUAUUAUCGUUACGCCGUAUAGAAGUUCUCCCUUUUUCGAGAUUAAUUGGGAGUGGAUCAAAAUUGGCGAUGCAGUCAUAAGGAAUAUCAAUCCAUGGGGAAGAUAUUCGGAUAUUGAACCGAAGAAUUUACCUAUAGACUUGGUUAUACAAUUAAUGACGUUAACUUGCAACGUGUAUCUUCCGGGAGAAAUGCGAAUAGGCAAUACCGUGUAUAUCCGCGUUAAUGACGAUUCGAAUGAAAUUGAUUAGCAAAGAGCAAUAUAAUAAGUACGAUUUGCCAGUUUCUCAAUGCGAGACCCAAUGGUUGACAGUCAACCCAAAAAGCUGAUGAUUUUAUGUAAAAUCAUAAGUUGAUUAAUAAAUUAAAAAAAAAUGAGUAGAGUGUUCAUGUAAUCUUCGAGGAAACCGCUUUAAAAAGUGACCAGAAAUUAAUAAUAAAUAAUUUAAACUGAUAA